UCGAAUGUUUCGACAUACCUACUACAACGAAUGUCAAAGCCGCCUUGGUCAAAGCAUAAUGAUAAAAUAAAUAGCAAAAUAAAAUAUAAAAAAACAUUUGUUUCAUCUGCCUUUCGGCAGUGAUUUAGUUAAUGUAAAAAUAAUAGUAUAAAAGUCCCAAAACGCUUAAAUUUUAUACAGUAUUCGUAUUAAAUUAUAAGUAUGAUGGAGGACGAGUUGGUGCCCCGUUUACCAGUUGACAGCGAAACUAUUGACUUUCAGAACUGGCACAUAAGCUACCUGAAAUCGCACAUACUUAAAAGCAUAUGUAAGAAGGGCCAAGAUGGCAACUGCGAGCAAAACGUGGAUGACUGCUGUGAGUUGUGCACAUAUCGUUACGCACUUGAGCUGCCGCACCUGCCAGAUAUGGUUUUCCAUAAGAACAAACUGUCUCUUAAACACAAAGAUGGCGCAUUGUUGGAGUUCUUGCCAAUAGACUCACUGCGGCUGGUGGAGAACGGAAAGCAGGCACUACAAGUGGCUUGUGCACAAGAGUGGAAAGAGAGCAGACCUGACUGUCACAUGGCAGAAAAAUUUAAGCCAUUUGACUGGACUUUUACCACCCAUUAUCAGGGUACUCUGAAUGAUAAAUUUCGGGUGGAGGAUUCAGAUCAGACACUAAAUAAAUUUAAACUGAUGCAGCGGGAAAAAAUAUUAUUUUACCAUGAUCUAACGCUUUUCGAAGAUGAACUACAUGACAAUGGAAUCUCAUCUAGUUCAGUGAAAAUUCGAGUCAUGCCGUCCGGCUUCUUUAUACUGCUUAGAAAUUUCCUGCGCGUGGACAAUGUUUUACUUAAAAUGCACGACACCCGUUUUCACUUUGAGAUCGAAAACAAUUAUAUAUUCAAAGAGUACACAAUGCGCGAGGCCACAUACGGCGAACUUAAAAAUGUACCACCUCCAUUUUUCACAGUACCAAAUGAAAUUGAGAACUAUUUACCCAUUAAGGAAAAGAAAGCCUAUAAAUUAUAUUUCAAGUAGAGAGUUUUUAAACAAAUACAUAUAACGCAAAAUUUCAUGAAUAAAAGAUUUAAACAACCCAAUUAAAAACUUAAAUUAAUAUUUUUAAGUAAAUCAUAAAAUCAUACUUAAGGUGAAAGUUAUUUUUAUUAUUAUUGUGAGUGGAAGAUGUAACAUUUCCUCUAUAUUCAGGCGUUAUACAUAUGUAUGUAUACACGUUAUAGGACAAUACAUCUCCUGAUCGCAGUGCAGGCCUCAUCAAACAUCUAUCUAUCUAAGUACGUACAUACUGAGUUACAGAAGUGACUUGACAGACACAUCAAUAUUUAUGUUCGUGUAUGUAUUUACCUAUGGCAGCAAAUUUAUUUAAAAUUGUUAUGUGUUAAUUAAGCCAGCAUGCAUUUACUGUUUGUAGACUGUAAGAAAAUAAUAGAAUAUAUACAUACAUACUUGAAAUAAGAAUUUCCCAUUAUUUAAGUAACGAAGUCCGAUUUGUUUCAAAAGCCGAAAGUAGCAGAGAAACAGUUUUGGUAUACCUUAUAUUUUAGUAACUAAUCGAUAUUUUAUGUAGAUAACAGAUGCGUUCAGAUACAGGUAAAUGGUCAAACGGCUUGAAAUUGCUUAUGCCACUUUUAAAAUAAACGGGUCAUUUAGUAAUUUUAUUGAGCCGUUUUUUAAGGAACAAUUUUUGUGGGCAAUUUAUAUAUGGCAGAAGCUAUAGCGGAGAUCACGUCUUAUCAGACUUCUUCAGCGAA